AUGGGUGAUAUGUACGAGUGCCCUCAGCCGGUCCGGGUAGGUGCGACGAUCCCACCCCGGGCCGGGCCGCCUCUCUCCCGGUACGGUCCCACCACCGCCGCGCCCAAGCGGGACGUCGUCCUGACUGCCUCCAGGUCUGAGCCGACCAGCUCCGAUGACUACGAGUGCCCGGCGGCGGUGGUGAUCCGCCCCCAGCCCGUCCGCACGGCGCCCAUGGUGACCCCCUCCUCCACCACCUCGCCACGGCCUCUGCGCCGGGCCAACAACCACCCUGCCGGAGCCCCGAAGAGGAACAAUUCCGGUGAGAAGACCAGUUACCGCGCCAGUUUCCUGAUCUUCACCCUGCUGAUGGUUCUGUCCGUGAGCCUGCAGGUGUCAGCCUUCAUCCUGUCCAUGUCUGCCGGCAACGACGCCGAACAGCUACGGGAGCAGCAAAAGAAGUAUCAGCAGAAGACAGACGGACGCUUUAAGGUGAUGGAAGCUCAACUGGCAAAGCAGAAGGCAGCCCUGGCUAAGAUGCAGAAGGAUUUCGAAUCUGCUGCAAAACCAGCGGGCAAAGAGGAGACCACGGUCAUCGGCUCUGAUGUCCAUGGAGCACUGGACGCCUCCAUGAGCUUGGACAAAAUCCUCCGCGGCAAGAUGUCCAAGCGCCUGACCAGAGCAACUCCGGACGCUAAGGCCUCUCCCGUGCCUCUGCAUGCUACAAUGCUACCCGUGCCUGCCAUACCAGCAUACUUCAUGACAGAGAUUCACUAUGACCCAAAGGACUGUUCUGACUGGUACAUGGCUGGUUCUGUAGAGGAUGGACCACAGCAUAUCCAGCCCAGAGGCUCUCCCACUAAGCACGAGGUCUACUGUAAGAUGGAUCAGGACAGUGGAUGGACUGUCAUCCAUGCCCGCAAGAGUCCCAACUUGGAAUUCUACCAACGUUCGUGGGAUGACUUCAAGAAGGGGUUUAAGCAGGGCGGUUGGGAGUCCUUCUGGCUUGGGAACGAUCUCAUCCACAACAUCACCCGUCAGGCGACCUACGAGCUCAAGGUCAUCGGGAACAUGGACGGAGUCUACCCGACUGUGGCUGCUCAUUAUUCCACGUUCAAGGUGGGGAGUGAGGCAGACCGCUACCGGCUGGAGCUCGGGGAGUUUCUGGAGGGCGAACAUGGCGACGUGCUGCGGGAAAACGACGGCGGACAGUUCGUCACCGUGGACAGGAACGAUGAGAGCACCUUUGGAUGGUGGGAGUCCAGUCAGACUGGCGAUCCUUCCCUUCAAAUCCCAUUCAUGCGAAUGAAAGACCUCACCAUGAUGAUCAAACCGACUAAAGAACAACCCUAAUUCAUUUGGCUAUCCUCCAU